ACUGCGACUCCAUAAUCAACUUCAUUGACGAGCUGCCGCCUGGAUGUGAGGGAAAUACUUCUCAUCCACCGACACGGUUUUGAAAUUUUUCUGAGGUUUCUGCGACAUUUUCAAUGGAGCAUCCAACUGCUAAUGACAAUGUCAACUUGUCUGCAUACAGAACCAACCUUCCACUGUCAGAACUUGAUGGUAAAAGAUCGUCUGGGGGGUUUAAUGAGUCGGAUUAUUAUCAGUGUUACGGUGAUGGCGGUAGAAUGGCAUUCCGUCCAUCUAUUGCUCCAAGUGUCUACGAUACUCUAGACGCUCCACCGCACUAUGAUUUCUACGCCAACAGUCAGGCGUGGGGUCGCAAGAGACGCUUCAGGCCAUCUCUGCAUCAACUGCAUGGUAAUCCUGAGGACGACUCCAGACCUCCCGUGUAUGAGGAGACGGAAGGAGACACGUCUGAAGAUGAGGACAAGCAAAAGGAGCCCCCAGCUGAACCCACCCGCUUUGGUUGGGUGCAGGGAGUCAUGAUUCGCUGCAUGUUAAACAUCUGGGGGGUGAUCUUGUACCUGAGACUGCCUUGGAUCACAGCUCAGGCUGGUAUCGGUAUGACCUGGGUCAUCAUUUUGCUGUCGUCUACUAUAACCGGGAUCACUGGUCUCUCCACCUCAGCCAUAGCCACCAACGGAAAAGUCAAAGGAGGCGGUACCUACUUUCUGAUAAGCCGCAGCCUCGGCCCAGAGCUGGGCGGCUCUAUUGGCUUGAUCUUUGCUUUUGCCAAUGCUGUGGCUGUGGCAAUGCACACUGUGGGCUUUGCUGAGACUGUCACCGACCUCAUGAGGGAACAUGACGCUGUCAUGGUGGACCGAACGAACGACAUCCGCAUCAUUGGGAUCAUCACCGUAACAUUGCUGCUAGGGAUUUCAAUGGCAGGCAUGGCGUGGGAGUCAAAGGCCCAGAUUUUGUUUUUCCUUGUCAUCAUGGUGUCAUUUGCCAGUUACAUCGUUGGAACCAUCAUGCCUCCGACUUUGGAGAAACAAGCCAAAGGAUUCUUUAGCUACCAAGCUGGUAUUUUUGCUGCCAAUUUUGUACCCAACUGGCGGGGUCCAGAGGGCAGUUUCUUUGGCAUGUUCUCGAUUUUCUUCCCAUCUGCUACGGGCAUCCUGGCAGGAGCCAACAUCUCUGGAGAUCUGAAGAAUCCAACAGUAGCUAUUCCUCGAGGGACACUGUUGGCGAUUUUCUGGACGACCUUUUCCUACAUUGUCAUCUCUGCAACUGUUGGAUCGUGUGUGGUUCGGGAUGCCUCUGGCUCUCUAAAUGAUACUUUGUCCUCUUCAACGCCCGAGGACGCCUGCGUAGGUUUAGGAUGUCAGUAUGGAUGGGAUUUCACCGAGUGCAUUAACAAUAAUACCUGCACCUAUGGCAUUAGUAACUACUACCAGUCACUUAGCAUGGUGUCAGCCUUCGCCCCUCUCAUCACUGCCGGUAUAUUUGGAGCAACUCUGUCCUCAGCUUUGGCAUGCCUGGUGUCUGCUCCCAAGGUGUUUCAGUGUCUCUGUAAGGACCAGCUCUACCCUCUCAUUGGUUUCUUCGGCAAAGGAUACGGCAAAAACCACGAACCACUCAGAGCCUACCUAUUGACGUACAUCAUAGCUGCCUGUUUUGUUAUCAUUGCUGAGUUGAAUACCAUCGCUCCGAUCAUCUCCAACUUCUACCUCUGCUCCUACUCUUUGAUCAAUUUCAGCUGCUUCCAUGCGUCAAUCACCAAUUCACCUGGUUGGCGUCCGUCCUUCAGAUUCUACAGCAAGUGGCUGUCGCUACUCUGUGCUGUAAUUUGUGUGGUGAUCAUGUUCCUGCUGACCUGGUGGGCGGCUCUUAUCGCGAUCGGAGUUGUUAUAUUCCUCUUGGGAUACACGCUGUACAAAAAGCCAGAUGUAAACUGGGGCUCAUCACUCCAAGCAAGCUCCUACAAUCUGGCGUUGAAUCAUUGCGUGGGUCUGAACCUUGUGGAGGACCACGUCAAGAACUACAGGCCCCAGUGUUUGGUGCUCACAGGUCCUCCCAGCAGUCGUCCAGCUCUCUUGGAUCUCGUCAACUGUUUCACAAAGAACCUCAGUCUGAUGAUGUGUGGAAAUGUGGUCACUGAUGAAUCUUCCCCAUCAACUCUGGAAAAGGCAAGCAGUAACAGCCACGUCUCCUGGUUGAACCAAAGGAAGAUAAAGUCAUUUUAUAGGGGAGUUGUGGCUUCGGAUCUACGCUGUGGGGUUAACAUGCUGCUUCAGGGGGCAGGAUUGGGUCGAAUAAAGCCAAACGUUUUGCUGAUGGGUUUCAAGAAAGACUGGCGCUCCGAGCCAUGUCUCGCUGCACACAACUACAUAGAAAUCCUGCAUGACGCCUUCGACCUGCAAUUUGGAGUGUGUGUGCUGAGGAUGAAAGAGGGUUUAGAUGUCUCCCAUCCACCUAAGUCACACGUUAAUCAAGGUUUUGAUGAGGGACAGGACAUCAGCUCCAUCUCUCCCUCCUCCCUCAUUCGAACAAGCACAGCAUCUUCUGUCACUGUCGAUCUCGAGCCACAACUCACCACCGUGUUCCAGAAAAAGCAAGGGAAGAAGACCAUUGACGUUUACUGGCUGUCUGAUGACGGAGGUCUGACGCUGCUGCUGCCAUACCUGCUGACUCGCAGGAAGCGCUGGGCCAGGUGUAAGGUCCGAGUUUUUGUUGGAGGGGAAAAAGACAAAAAGGACGAGCAGAAAGAAGAGGUUUUGUCUCUCAUCAAGAGGUUCCGUCUCGGUUUCCAAGAUGUUGAAGUGAUUUCUGACAUCUACGAAAACCCUCAGCCUGUCAAUGUCCAUCAUUUCGAGAACAUGAUUGGUCGCUUCAGGGUGGACGCGAAUCCUAAGCAGGACUCCGAUUCUGACCCUCCAAGACAGCAGGCGGCACCUUGGAUGAUCACUAACCAGGAUUUAGAGAGGAACAUGGCUAAGUCCCUCCGUCAGAUUCGUCUGAAUGAAGUGCUGCUGGAUUACUCCAGAGAUGCAGCUCUGGUUGUGAUCACCAUGCCGGUGGGGAGGAGAGACGGGUGUCCCAGUUCUCUGUACCUGGCUUGGCUCGACGUCUUGUCCCGGGAUCUUAGACCGCCGGUCCUGAUGGUCAGAGGAAACCAAGAGAGCGUUCUUACUUUCUAUUGCCAAUAAAAAAAAUUUCCACUAAUUAUGUUUUUUUUAAAAAGGAAAUGCUGUAGGGCCUUGAGAGCUGAAAAACCUACUAUAUUUUAAUGUAACAUGUGCAAUUCAAUCCGACAUCACAAUAAUAUAGAUGUUUGAAAAGUAGCCUAGACGCAAAAAAAAUAAUUUCCCAUUUCCAGGGUUCCUUUUUUAAGGAUUUAUGGUCAUUUUGUCUCCAUUAAUUUUCAAUUUAAUGACAUUUGGGGUAAAAAGUGUGGCAUGUCUGCUUUACUUUUUAACACCUUUUCUGAUUUAUUCAAAAUUUGGGUUGACAGUGAAAAAUGUGAGCGAUUUGCUUCCAAGACUUAAUUAUGUAAUUUAUUAAAACACAAUAGCAUAAUAUUACAUUAAAAUGACAAUCUAAAUCAAGGCCCAUUUCUAUAUCAAUGCCUAAUUUAAUAAGCUUUAUAUUUGUAAUUGUUUCACACUGUCAGUCAAAUACUUACAUAUGACAUAGUUUCUAUAACCAACACAAAGUAGUGCAUGAUUGUGAAGUGUAAGGAAAUUAUUUUCUGUUUUCACAAUUUUUCGAAAUAAAAAUCUGAAAAUUGUGACAAAGUCUGGCAAAUCACAAACACAAUUUUUGAUCUUCUGUCAUUCAACUUCACGCUAUGAAGAUAUGGUUAUUAGAAAUGAAUAAGCCAAUUAAGCUGUCGACUUAUACGUUUCGGCAUGUUUCUUGGUACACUGCUCCUGUAGUUAAUUCAACUGUUUGUUUUCAUUAAAUAGCCUUUAAUAAAUCAAAAUUUCCUUUCUAAUUCUGACAUGUUGCAAAGUACAUUAAUAAUGUGACAGCUUUAUCUUUUCUUGUUUUCAUUCAAACAGUAUAUGUGUGUGAUUAAUCAGCUUGGAUUAAAAAAUGUCAUAAUUUA